GCCAGGAGAAGAAGACUCAUUUGCGAUUUAAAGAUUUGGGGAAACUCUGUUUCGACGGAAAGGAAUCAUUUUUAAAUGGACGCAUUGGGUGGUUGCGGCGGCGCUGGCGGUUUCUGGGGAUGGAAUAGCUUCGAUCAUCGGAGGAAGAAGAAGUCUUCCGGCGAUAGAGGUAAUCAACGAAAGUCUGGAUCGUCGGAUUCCGUCGAUGUGAGCAGAGACGGUGGCUAUCGGUUUCCCUUAAAGCAAGCUGUGACGGCCGGCGCACUCACAUUCACCGGUGACACGAUUGCUCAGUUAUCUGGGAGGUGGAAAAAGAGAAACGCUCUUAAACAAUCAUCUUCUGAUAAACCAGACGAGGAGGAACUGUGGAACAUUUUCUCAGAACAUGACUGGGUUCGUGCGCUGCGGAUGAGUUCUUACGGGUUUCUCUUGUACGGCCCUGGUUCUUAUGCAUGGUAUCAGUACCUUGACCAUUCUUUGCCGAAACCAACCGCGAAGAAUCUAGUGCUUAAGGUUCUGCUUAACCAAGUAAUCCUCGGUCCAUCUGUGAUCGCUGUUAUAUUUGCUUGGAACAACUUAUGGCUGGGAAAGCUCUCUGAGCUUGGAAACAAGUAUCAGAAAGAUGCUCUUCCAACGCUUCUAUAUGGGUUUCGCUUCUGGGUUCCCGUUAGCAUACUUAACUUUUGGGUAGUGCCACUUCAAGCUCGUGUAGCAUUCAUGUCCAUGGGUUCUGUGUUUUGGAACUUCUACUUGUCUUCAACUAUGAGCAAGUAGAUACACAUAUUAUUCGAUACGGGGAGACGAAGAAGACAUGAAAUUAUAAGCUUUUUUUUUCUAAAUUGUAAUACAGUAUAAUGUUGUUGGAGGAUAAACAUUUGUUAUUUAGAUUUUUAGUUUUAAUUUCCUUUUUUUAAUGAACAGAUAUUCAUGAAAGAUUUUUUAAAUCCAUCUUAUAUUAUCUUUCUUAAAAUA